UGUCUUACGGAGAGCAGAGCUGGGGAUUGCAGUAUCUGCUGGCUGCUACCUAUUUGUGCCGUCGCUAUCACGGAAAGGACGCUGGCCUGCCUUUCUCUUUUGGAUUUAAAACAGAAGCUCCUGUUUCUUGCUGCUUGAAAAAGGACCUUUGCUGCGGUUGCAAGGAAAAGCUGACUGCGGUGUGGAGCAGAGAAGGGGAGAGGAGAGGAAGGAUCUGGCAGCUUGGAUAGCCGGGACUGCAUUGUCUGCCUUCAUGACCCCUGCUGUGUAGCAGUCUCAUCCCUGCUCUCAUACACUCCCUCUGUCUUCCACUCUUUUUCUCCUUUUCUUUUUAAAAUAGCAGCAUCUGGGGCCAGCCAUGUUUGGCACUGAAUCUUCAUUGAGUAUGUUUUUGAACACGUUAACACCCAAGUUCUACGUUGCCCUGACAGGCACCUCCUCAUUAAUCUCGGGACUUAUUUUGAUCUUCGAGUGGUGGUACUUCCGCAAGUACGGCACCUCCUUCAUCGAGCAGGUCUCGGUGAGCCACCUGCGCCCCCUGCUGGGAGGGGUGGACAACAGCGCGCCCAGCGCCGCCAGCGCCGCUAACGGGGACGCGGACUCCAGCCGCCAGAGCGUCUCAGAGUGCAAAGUCUGGCGAAAUCCUUUAAAUCUGUUCAGAGGAGCUGAAUAUAACCGGUAUACAUGGGUAACAGGGAGAGAACCCUUGACUUACUACGAUAUGAAUCUUUCAGCACAGGACCAUCAGACAUUCUUUACCUGUGACACAGAUCAUUUACGGCCUGCAGACGCUAUAAUGCAAAAAGCCUGGAGAGAGAGAAACCCCCAAGCCCGAAUUUCUGCAGCACAUGAAGCUUUGGAAUUGAAUGAGUGUGCUACUGCCUAUAUUCUCUUGGCUGAAGAGGAAGCGACAACAAUUGUAGAAGCAGAGAAGCUAUUCAAGCAAGCUCUGAAAGCUGGAGAAGGCUGUUACAGGCGCAGUCAGCAGUUACAGCAUCAUGGUGCCCAGUAUGAAGCCCAACACAGAAGGGACACCAAUGUGUUAGUUUAUAUUAAGAGGAGGCUGGCAAUGUGUGCAAGAAAGCUGGGAAGGACCAGGGAAGCAGUGAAAAUGAUGAGAGAUUUGAUGAAAGAGUUUCCUCUGCUCAGCAUGUUCAACAUUCAUGAAAACCUACUGGAAGCUUUGUUGGAACUGCAAGCAUAUGCAGAUGUCCAGGCAGUCUUAGCAAAGUAUGAUGACAUAAGCUUACCAAAAUCAGCAACGAUAUGUUACACAGCUGCACUGCUUAAAGCCAGAGCUGUCUCUGACAAAUUCUCUCCAGAGGCUGCGUCAAGGCGAGGACUGAGUACUGCAGAGAUGAAUGCAGUAGAAGCUAUUCACAGAGCAGUAGAAUUUAAUCCACAUGUGCCAAAAGCGUUCUUACAAUGCUGCUGGUUUUGCCUUAGGAGAUCAUGGCCAGAUUGCAGUCCAGUGCUCCGUAGUGAUGUUGCCAAGUAUCUACUAGAAAUGAAAAGCUUAAUUCUGCCCCCUGAACAUAUUCUGAAGAGAGGGGACAGUGAAGCAAUAGCAUAUGCUUUUUUUCAUCUUCAACACUGGAAAAGAGUAGAGGGGGCAUUGAAUCUCUUACACUGUACAUGGGAAGGCACUUUCAGAAUGAUCCCCUAUCCACUGGAAAAAGGACAUCUUUUCUACCCUUACCCUAUUUGUACAGAAACCGCAGAUAGAGAACUACUACCAUCAUUUCAUGAAGUUUCAGUUUACCCCAAAAAAGAGCUUCCAUUCUUCAUCCUCUUCACUGCUGGACUGUGUUCUUUCACAGCCAUGCUGGCCCUCCUGACACAUCAGUUCCCAGAGCUUAUGGGAGUCUUUGCAAAAGCUUUUCUCAGCACUCUCUUUGCCCCUUUAAAUUUUGUGAUGGAAAAAGUAGAAAGUAUUCUGCCCUCCAGUCUGUGGCACCAGCUGACGAGGAUCUGAGGGAGCACACCUGCUGACUGACUGCCGUGACAUCUUCUGUGCCAACUUUUUGUUGACCACAAGAAAGCAUGAUAAAAAAAAGGGAAGCAGUUCUAAGACUUAAAAACUUUUCAUGGAUUGUCUGUUCUCAUAUAAAACCUGUUUUGUUGUACAAAAUACAUUGAUGUUAGGUUCUAUUAUAUUUUGCCUUCAGAAAAGAAAGACUUAAAAAUAAACUUUUGUGUAUUGCA